AUGUGCCGAGGGAGGGUGACGGAGCUUUCUUGCGGCCACCGCUUGAAGCCAUCAUCUACCGCUGCCCCAAAUCCCGCUCCUCCCGCCUGCUUCGUGAUUUCCUGGGACCGCUACCGCCUUCACGACACCUGCGCCAACUGCGACUUCGAAGUCAACAAACGUCUGGUCCAGGCCGAGUACGAAAAGAGGCACGCCGAGCUCAUGAUGCAGAUGAGGGACGCACGGCGCAACGGGAGACGCUCCGCAGUCGCUGCUCUGACUCGGGAUGUCAUGGCCCUGUCCGAGUGGCAGAGAGCAUCCAUGCGCCGAGUCCUGAGACCCCGAGGCACCUUUGACGUCGACACCUCGCCGAAAGAAGUCAAACUCGGCCGCUUUUGGUGA